AUGAGAACGAAUGCGAAAGAUGGGACAAUCGCGUAUAUUGACGAUCGUGGUAAAUUCGAUUUUUUCUAUUUGAAACUACUCGAAGGUAAACUUCGACUACUAUUCAAUCUGGGAAGCGAUCGACAGGCUAUCAAUGUGAACAUGAAGAUCAAUGACGAUCAAUGGCACACAAUCUUAAUAAGACGGAAUGGGCAGAGUACGACGUUAAGUAUCGAUAAUGGUUUCGUACAAAACUCGACUAUCACGCAUUCCGAAGACUUGUACUUUGGUGGCGCAGUUCAUAAUGAGUAUGAAGCAUCACCAUUCUAUUUCGGAGGUAUUCCAGCAAUAUUGGAACGACCAAGUUCAGGAAAUCUCUCAUCAUUUGAUGUUUACAUGCAACCACGUUUUCGAGGUCAACUGCGAAACAUCAUUUACAAAAAUUGUACCAAUCCGCAUCUAAUUCAACCCAAUCAGAUCGAUAUAUCAGGUGGUGUGUCACUAAUUCCAGAUCGUUUCUGUACAGGGAAGAAUUGUGGUAGUGGCGUUUGUUUAAUCACCGAAAAUAACUAUGCUUGUCUUUGUGAUGAAACGAAUUUUCAAGGCAAUCAUUGCCAAUACGAGCAGCCACCGAAUGAAUUAACAUUUCACGGAAAACAAUACUUGAAAUACGACUUGUUCAAUUCAAUCUCGAGUAGAAAUGAAAUUCUGACGUUCGAAUUUAAAACCAAUCAUUAUAAUGGUCUUCUCUUCCAAUUAAUUGACUCACAGAUUUAUAUUAAGCUGAAACAGGGACAAUUAUUAAUUGAAUAUCGGUUAAAUAAUAACUCGUGGUAUGAGUCUUCAACAAAGGACCUUUCAUUGAUUGAUAAUCAAUGGCAUUAUGUACAAAUCAAACGAAAAUCAGGACAAGUCACCAUGCUAAUUGAUCAGUAUUAUAUUCCAUUAGAAAAUGAUUAUUCUAUUGAUGAAAUCUUUCAUUUCAAAGAGAUUUUUAUCGCUGGGAAUACGAAUUUUCAUUUGGAGAAAUUCUACGGUUGUUUAAAAGAUAUUUCCAUGACAUUCAAUGAAAAUUUUACUAUCGAUCUAAAUAAAUCAUCAACAAGUUUUCACGAAUUUGGUUUCGAACGCAAUCGCAGCUGUCAAUCAUUAAUAAAUCCCAUUCAAUUUCUCAGCCCUACAUCGUUUAUCUCCUUACAACUGACAGAUCUUUCCCAACAAACGAACAUCUCCUUCCGUUUCGAAGCCUAUUCAUCGAAUAGCAUCAUUCUUUACGGUCAAUCGAAUCAAUACUUUCUCGGAUUAGAUCUUAUCGACGGAUUUUUCUAUUUAACAAUCAAUGUCAAUGAUAAGCAGCACAGACAAGAAUUAUUUCAACAACGGAUCAACGAUGGACAAUCACAUUAUAUCCAGUUAAAUUUUAAACAUUCACAAGGAGAAAUGGACAUCGAGAUUACCAUGGAUUACAGACAGAACGCUAAAUUAUCAAUUAAAGAUACAGCAGCAAGAAUGUUCUUACAGACGUUAACUAUCGGUGGUGUUAAUCCUUCGUAUCCACUGUUACCUACGAAUUAUUAUUCGGGCAUAAUGCACCACGGUUUAGUUGGUUGUUUUUCUGAUCUGGAAAUCAAUAAUGUUUUGAUAAAUCUAACAAACUAUAUCAAUCAUAUAAAUAUGAAUCUUGCACCACGCAGUGGUCCUUGUUCGAUAACUUCAUUUAAAAAACGUCAAUGUUUAUGCGAACAUCACGGUGAAUGUCGACUGACUAGUGCAGGCAUCUGGUCAUGUGAUUGCUCAAGAACAGGUUAUACUGGUGAUAGAUGUGAACAACUUGCUUAUCAUAUCGAUCUCAAUCAAACGCAUACAUAUGAAUACAAUAGUCAGCUUCAAUGGAGUGAUCAACUCAAUGACAUUGCUUUUGGUUUACAGGCUGUACAUGAUGAAGUAAACUUUCUUCAAAUUCGUCCAUGUCGUCUAUCAUCGAAAUGUGAUUCGAUCCAGUUUUCGAUUCUCAAUGGUCUUCUACAUAUCAGUUUCUAUUCAAUAAAUCUAACAAUUGAAUAUCCAUUUCUCCUUGAUAAUCAAUGGCAUUCGAUUCAUCUACAACGGUUCGAUCAGAAAUUUCUCUUACAUGUUGACAAUCAUAUUACUCAACAACGAAUUAGUGCUAUGCAAACGAAUUCAACACGGCCAUCAACGAUCUGGAUUGCCUUCAUGGGUAAUAAACAAGUUCAAAUCGAAGAUUUGCGUUUGUAUGAUCAAUCAAUCUAUUCGAAAUUCUUGUUAAACCUACCUAAUGAAGCUAUCAAAUUGAAAAAUCGUUUAUGGAAGCCGACGAAUACGAUUUCAUUUAAUGACGCAACGAAUUCAUACAUUGAACUACAAUUAAAUGAGAUUCUUUGUCAAGAAUGUCGGUUGGACAGUAUUCAUUUUCAAUUCCGUACCAAAGAUACAAAUGGAUUACUCCUAUUUGCCAUGGUUCAAACUGAAGAUUAUAGAACCAAUUCUUUGUUAGACAAUUCUGACUCCCGUCGCACUCAAUAUCUCGUCUUAAAACUCGUCAAUGGUCAGCUCCAUUUACUUAUAUUUGAACCGUCGUUAUCAAUGAUCGACAGCGAGAUCUAUCAAAUUCAAUCGAAAAUCUUUUUAAACAACAAUUACUGGCAUCAUAUAUCCAUCUAUCGUGUUAGUGAUCAUCAUUUCGAAUUUCAAGUUGAUUCGAACAAAUACUACCUUCGUACGUCCAUCGACUUCCUCGAUAAGAUCUAUCUUGGUCGUUCGUACGAAAUCGACUUUCUACGAAACUUACCGACCAUCAAAGGUUGCUUUGCAUCAUUCACCAUCAAUAGUCAAACCGUCUAUUUACGUGAAUAUAUUAAGGCGGAUUCACCCAUACGUAAUGACUGUUUUCUUGAUUCUCAAUGUCCGUUGCAACAUUGUCGAAAUACGGGAACUUGUCUAAAUCGUAUUCAAUGUGAUUGUCAACACACGAGUUUUCAAGGGCGACUCUGUACGAAUUUCAAACUAGGUUAUUCAUUUAAUAACCACACACCUGGCUUGAUCUUUGAUCAACCGUUUAAUAAAGAAAAGGCGAUUACGUUGUACAAACUCUCCUUUGGAAUUAUGACGAAAAUGUCUCUGGCAGAGAUUCUUCGUAUUAAUGAUCAAAUAUCGAUUGAAUUAUAUCGCGGAUAUAUUCGAAUAAAACUCAUCGGAAAUGAAUACUUAGUGAACACACGUAUAAUCAAUGAUGGCUUUUAUCAUUUAGUACAGAUGGAAUGUAAUCUAACAGGUUAUAUGUCAAUUGCUGUUGAUAAUAAAAAAACGAUGAAACAACUGAAUAACAAAUUAUCGUUCGAUAGGCCAUUGUUCUUACUAGUUGGUCAAAAUCCAUCGUUUAAAUAUCCAUUUCAGGGUGAACUCUAUGGUCUUGAAUCUGAUAUAUAUUCAAUAUUCGAUUUGAUUUCCCCAACAUUCCAUCGUAUCUCAUUCGCACCAGUUCGUAAUCGAACUCUCAAUUCAUUAUCAUCCCCAAUCCUUACUCCCACAUUUCGUGCGCAAGAUGAGUCCACUGACCAUCCAUCUUGCUCGUACCAAUCCUAUGACGAUAUUUGCAUCGUUAAUUCGGAGUCCAAUUCGACUUUCUUAACUUAUACAAACAUAUCAAAUCAACCAUCCGUUCCAAAACGAAUCCCAACCCGAUCGCCAGUCAGAACCUUCACAACGACGAUUGCUUACGACGAUCUAAUGGAAAACAGCUCGAACUUAACUAAUUUCAGUGAUAUUCCAUCGGAGAUCUUCUCAGAACGUGGACCUACACGUAGUCGAUUUCGUGAUCUAUUUCAUCAACGAAAUCUUUGGUUUUUCCUUGUUCCUCUCCUAUGUGGUAGUGUUCUUUGUAUCAUAUUUUGUAUCUGUGCUUUUAUGAAAUAUCGUCGAAAAGAUGCAGGUGUUUACGAACUUGAAGAAACUCAACGUUUUCGACCGUUGAUCGUCGAAGUACCUCCAUCGCCCGGUGAAAAUAUUCGCAGACUCAUCGAUUCAACAGAUAACGCUCCAUCAAAACAGAAGAAUAUCAAAUCUCAUCAACGACGCAAACGAAAGCAAUCACCGUUACUAAAUGUGGAUGAACAACGCGAAUUUUAUAUUUGA